ACUGGAAGUCACAGGGUAAAACACUAAGCGAAACAUUCACAGAGGGGACAUAGAGCCUAAGAGUGUGAAAGGACAGAAGUGAGAGUGGCAAGGGAAGCUUGGUGCCAGUGGAAGAGGGAGAGACGGGUGAGGCAGAGGUGCCCAGGACCAUGGCUGAGGCUGUCACCUAUGCAGACCUGCGGUUUGUGAAGGCUCCCCUUAAGAAGAGCAUCUCCAGCCAGUUAGGACAGGUUUCAGAGGCUGAUGAGGAUGGGGAACUCACCUAUGAGAAUGUGCAAGUGCCCUCAAUCUCCGGGGGAGCCUUGAGCUUGGCUUCCUCUGGACUAGGGGACAAAACCGGGGUCCAUUCGGAGCUGCCAACAGCGUCCUGGAGCUCCGUGACGUCACCGGCUGCUAGGCGGCUUCUGGAGUGCCCCUCAGCCUGCUCCAAAUACCUCCUUCUGGGCCUGCUCCUCACCGGCCUGCUGUUGGGCAUGGUUGCCAUCUCUCUGGGAGUACGCUAUCUGCAGGUGUCCCAGCAGCUCCAGCACACAAACAGGGUUCUGGAAGCCACUAACAGCAGCCUGAGGCAGCAGCUCCACCAAAGGAUCACCCAGAUAGGGCAGAGGGAACAGGAUCUGCAGGGGUCCAGGAGGGAGCUGGCCCAGAUUCAGGAGGCACUACAGGUGGAAAGGAGGGAUUGCCAGGCUGUCAAAGAGAAGUUACAGGCCUGCCAGUCUGACAGGGAGAAGGCCCAGGAGAACUUGCAAAGAGAGGAGGAACAGAGGAGAACCUUGGAGCAGAGGCUGAACCGCAUGCAGGACACACUGAAGCCCUUCUUCACAUGCCCCUCACCAGACACCUGUUGUCCCGUGGGAUGGAUACUGAAUGAGAGGAGUUGCUUUUACGUCUCACUUACUAAGAGAACUUGGGAGAACAGCCAAGACUAUUGUAAAUCUCUGUCCUCCAACCUGGCCACGGUCAGGGACGUUUCUUAUUCAGGCUAUUAUAAUUAUUAUAGCAGCAGCUUAACUAAUAUGUUGGAAAAAAAUGGCUGGACUGAUUCAUAUUGGAUUACCUUCAAUGCUAAGGAGUGGCAUUUGACUGAAAGUACAAAAAUCUCUAGACUUUUCGUUCAAAACCCAAGAUGUCUCAAGGUACAAACCACCUGGAGAAAAAAAAGAGAGCUGCAGUGGGAGUCAGACUGUUCUUUUCAUCUUUCCUGCAUCUGUGAGAUGGCAGCGUUCAAGUAUCCAGAUGGGGACCACUCUGCACUGAGCAGGAUACUCAUGCCAACGAGAGCCCGUGCCCCUCAUCCUUAACCUGAAGCCUACAGGUCCUAAGAUCAUCUCCCUCCAGCGUUUCCUCACUCUGCCUGGACAAUGCUUGGCCAAGGGCUAAUCCAUGCCACUGCCUGAUUGAAAUCCUGUCCCAGAAACUGACUGUUUCUGGG